ACUAUCAGACAUAGCCGUUCAAGAUCAUGGAAGCUUUAAGCAAUCUAGCUAUCUUGUCGCUGUUGACACUGGUCUCCAGAGUUGCCACUCGGUUCGUUCCAUUAUCGCAACUUGAGCUGUAAUCCCCCGGUUGGAAAUCAAUCCGACACGGUUAUCUUUUUUCUUUCUUUCAGAAACGUUGCUGCCAAAUCCUUUGUGCAACUUUCUUCCAAUCCCGAAUCAGGUCCCAUUCCUUAUUGUGAGAACGGCAAAUGGAUCAGUUGCGAGCAAGUCGUUGUUGACCUGGCUGCUUUGAGAAGUAACCAGCCCUUGACUCUGCCCAAUGGAGAUCAGGUCAGCUUGGUUGAUUCCUCACCAAGUAAUCAGUAAUCAUCUCGGCCGCUCAUUCCAAGGUAAGAGAUGAUUGUCAAAACCUCUUGCAUUCACUCUCUGGACAGGACCUGAUCCCGGAUCAACCACGGCUGUUUAUCAAUCUGAAGACCUGUUGGACUCCGUGACCAUCACUUUUUUCGUCUCGGGUUCCAAUGAGGUCAAUGCCGUCAUUCAUGAGGAUGACCAAGUCUUCAACUUGGCGCCUUGAGACCAAGCUAGAGGCGAUUGCCACGUUUUAGCCAAGGGGACCCGGACGUGGAGGAUCCCAUGUCAUGCUACACGAUGAGAGAUUUGGUGUUGAGUACGAAGACUGCGCUAGAAGAACUUAGAGAUGUUGAGGACCAAGAAGAGCCAGGUCAAUUCCAACAAGAUGCGGAUGGGACGUACGUGGCCACCAUCAAGAUCUACUACACGAAGGAAUUUGCCGCAGCAGAAUCCAACGUGAAUGUUUACAUCUCCAACAUGAUAGCUCAAGCCAAUGCUUGCUUCAAAAACUCGCAAACCCAAUUCCGUUUACGAUUGCUCUGUACGGAACAACUGAACAAUAUCACUGAAAAUCAACCUAAGGCUGAUAUUUUGUACCAAUUUGAAGCGAUCAAAGAAAAUGCAGCCAAUCUUCGAGGAACGGCAGAUUUCGCGCAUCUUCUUGUUGAAAAUGCAAGCGCUUGUGGAGUAGCCUUUGCUGGGGGCCCACUUCGUGCAUUUGGGAUGUCCAAGAGGAGUUGCGCCAUUGCCUACUACACCUUCAGCCACGAAAUUGGCCAUAACUUGGGAUGCUGGCAUGAUCGCGCCCGUUAUGAGGUUGAUAAAAGCGAUAAUUAUUAUUAUGGUGAUCUGAUUCCUGGCACUGGGCACCGCACCACAUUGGCAUAUUCGGCUCCUAAUUAUCGAUCGACGGUGAAUUUGUAUUCCAACCCAGAUGUAACAUUCCAAAAUGUCCCAGUUGGAGAUGACCGGAACAAUUGCGCACGAACGGUUCGAGAAAAUGCGCGGGCACAUGCCAACGUUGGCUCAGACACCAAUUCAUGCGGUAGGAUCGCGAAUGAAAAAUCAAAUCUGAAAAGAAAACAUUCAUGACUUUUUGGGCGAAUAUUCUUUUUUGUCAAUUUCGUAUUUUCAUUCAUUUUCGACUCUUUUUCUUACUCAUUUUCACAUUCACAUUUUAAAACAUUUUAAGCUGUUGUUUAUCCUUCUUUUUUAAUUGUCAUAACAUCAGUAUUUUUGGUCUAACAGCGAAUUUGCUAAUCAAUCUGAACUCCCUGAUUUCUUUUUGGGAAAGUCAGCAUCAAACGGAGGCGCAGUUGAGGUGUACCUGCUAUUGUGGUCUUGAUCAAAAUUUACAGAAAAUCGCGAUUAAUUUGCGCGCAAAAGAGGCCUAAAAGUCACAUUAGGCUUCAAGAGAGAAUCAGUAGUGAAUCAUGAUGAUGCAAAAGAGAAAUCUUCAUUUCCACACUUUUUGACAAUUUCAUACUUCUUUUCUCUACUUUUUUGGAUAGUUCCCAACUAGCAAGAAAAUCAUAUCGACCAAAAGAAAAAGGAAACACUUGAGUGUUACUUAAUCAGUCAUAGGAGUCCUUUAAUGUUUGACUCUUGUUAUAUUCUAGUCACCAACAUCAAUUUACAUUUACCAAUACUCAUGCUCCCACCUUCAUACUCACCAUAGACAUUUUUUCUCAUUAUAAAUACCUCCACAACCGAUCAAUAAAUAUCUAGUCAACAGUCACCAUGUGUAAUCAUACAUGGCACAGCCGAUAGUAGCCACAUCCAGGUGGAAGGACCUUCCGCCAGACGGCUGAGGACGCCAAUGCGGAACUUGGGCCCAGAAGAGACGGGAUGCAUGCAGGAUGACCGUGGUUGCAGCGGUGACUGGGGCAGGUCAACCGUGGGGUGACCGACACGCUGGGGGAGACAUCAAUGCCCGGGUGGUUGGGGUGGACCGGUGGACGUGGUGUCCCGGAUGGAAGAUGGAUCUAAGUCAAACCCUGCAACAUCUAGUCAAUCCUUCUAGUCACCAAAUUAAUCUACUCUAGUCAUCUAUACAUUAUCUAUUUUAAAUGCAUGUUUUUUAGUCAGUUGUUUGCACCAAUCUAGCCAUGCCCAAGAAACCUAUUGUGAUAUUUUUGUAUUUUAUAUUGUAAUUUAAAAACAGCAAAGAAGCUUGGACUUGGCAAGCCUGGAAUCGAACAAGGAUUCGCGAUUGGUAAGCGGAUGCUCUACCAAUACGGUACCCCAGCAAGCCUUGUGAAUCAUGAUUUGUCAACUAUCUGGACUAUAUGGACUAGACGUUAACAAACUCUCUUUUUUAUUUCAGCCUUAUAAAGAUAAGAAUAGAUCAUGGGACUUGAUGUUAUUCUCGUUUCACGUGUUCAGAACCUUACGUUAACUUUUUGUAUAAAGGCAUGCCCUUUGUUUUAUGUUCGAAGCAACUUUUACUAACCAAUAAAAAGCAUAAUCAUUCCCCAAAUCUUGUGGCAACUUGACUGGUUACAAGAAACCGGUUGGCAAUUUGAUAAUUUUGCCCUUUGUCAAUGGCAAAUUCAAGAAAACAACAAUCAAAUGUUUUAGGUUACCCUCUAACAGCAAGCACAUAGUGACUGAUUGCUAAGAGCUCUAGAGUGUUGGCAAUUUAAAAUCUUUAGAUAAUGCAGCAAACAAAAGAUAAAGAAAUAUUGUAC